AAAAUAUAUUUCUUGUUUAAUCAAUGAAACACCUAUGCUAUAGUCAACAAGAAGUCAUGAAAUUUUUUGACCUCUGGGUACAUAUUUUUAAUAUUACGAUCAUCAUAAGAGCGCAUGUGUAAUGCCACAGAUUACAGAGUGGAACUGGAGCCAAAGGAGUCGGAAUUCCUUGUGUAACAGAGUAUAGUGAUUUUUAUGUUUGAAUCGGAAAACUACACCAGCGCUGUAAGUUAUAAAAUCAUUGAAUAUGAUGUUUCGUUGAUUGGUCAACUAAAGAAUGGCCGUUCCUAUUAAUUUAAAUUUGAGUUGAAGGAUCUGUGUUUAUUUGAAUUUGAAGAAGAUAUAAUCUUGUUUAAAUAAAAUAUGUCCAUUAAUGUUACUGUCAAUGGAAAUCAUUUGAAUAUACGUCGAGGAAGAAUGGUAUUGUCUGAUUUAGAUCAAAUUAAGAAAAAUGAACGUGACAGACGUCGGAGGUUACGCUUGGAACAGGUACGGCAGCAGUCAAAAGUAAUAUCAGAUAAAAUAUUGGAACGUGCUAAAAACAUAGCUAAGGAGGAAUUAAAAAAACUUGAAAAUAACGAUAAAUUAAAUUUGAAGCAAAUACAUAAUGGGAAAAUCAUGGAAGUUCAACAAAAAUAUCAAGAGGAUAUGGCAGAUAUUGGUCAAGCGCAUAUAUCUGCAACAUUAGAGCCUGAUUAUAAUGCAAUAAUUCAGGAGAAAGAUAAAAGGAAUAAAUUAGCAGCAUUAAAAAGAGGAAAAGAUGCUAUAAAACAAGUUAAAAAUGCACAACAAAAGGAAACCGUUCAACAUCAACAUGAAGAACGCCUUCGUCAAGUUAGAGACAUAGAAAAUCUUAGGUCUUCAAUGAUAGCUAAACUUCAGCAAACAUUACCUGAAACUGAUAAAGUAUAUACUCCUGCGCAAAAGGAAAGUGAUCAAGAGACUAAAGAGCACAAAUCUACUAAGAAAAAGCAGAAGAAAGUUAUUUCCAAAAAAUCACCUGGAAAAAUUACAAAAUCUUAUGUAAAAGUUAUAAGAAGUGAUUUAAAAACUCAUUCACCACAGUUAAAAUCUAAAACAAAAGUUUCAGAAAUAAAAGAUGAUUCUGGCAACAUGGACCAACAAUCUAAAACUAGUUCAGAUGUAACACCAUUGGUAGUACAAACUAUAUGUACAACUGAGUCUGAAACCAACAAUACAGAACAUGGUACAGAGGAAGUUUCAAAUGUUCUGAUAAAAAAUAAUAAAACAAGGUAUAAUCCAGAAGACUAUGUACAAAUGACUUCAAAUUCAACUAAUAGUGACAGUGUUAGUUCAUUUAGUGAUGAUUCAUCAUACUUUUCUGACAACAAUGAACAGCAUGCUAAGUUAAAAACGCCGAUUUAUGUCAAGUGCCCAGCAACUGAUAAAGUAAAAUUAUAUGAUCAUAGUAAGCGUCAAAGUAAUGUAUAUGAUAAACCAAUUGGAGUAGUUGAAAAAAUACAUACAUGGAAUGAGCCAAGUGCCACAGAUUUAGCACAAGAAAUUGAACAAGCGGAAACUGCUGAAACACAUUUGUCAAAAAGUCGUAAACAUAAUGCGCAAAAACGUGGUGAAGAUGCUGCAUUAAGAGAAAAAGUUCGCCGCGAUUAUCAAAUACUCAUGCAAAAUCUGAAUUUUCUCGCAAGUGAGGAGCGCAAAUUAAAAGCAUGUCAAAUAGAGCGUUAUCCGAAAGGUACAUAUACACCAGAACGCAGAAGAGUACUAAGAGAUCAACAUAAAAAGAAAUUAAAUUAUGCAUUAAAAACCUUAUUGAAUGAAGAACCUAUUGAUCAUUCAUAUCCAAUGAAAACACAAGUUACUCUUCAACCAAGAGAAACUGAUAAACGUGUUGAAGUACACGGUUCCUGGGAAGACCCAUGUUGCAGUAAGCGCGAAGAUACUGAAACAGUUUCACAAACUAAAUGUAAAAAUGACGAGGAGUCGCGUGAAGAACAGAUAUUAGAUAUGUUAAAAAAAGUUGAAAGACAAAAGCGAUUAUUAUUACAAGAAUUUGGAGUAGAUUUACCAAAUAAUAUUUUCAAUGCAUCUAUAAAACCCUUAUUUGAAAAGGAAAAGUCAGUUCAAACUGAAAGUGAAGACACACAUGUACCAACUCCUUUAUCACCGGAAAUUAGAGUAAUAAGUGUACCAGAUGAUCAGUCUGAUAAAAAAAGUAGAACAGAAGAAAAAAAUGAUGCACUUGUCAAAAAAGUAGAAAUUGCUGUGCAAACUACAGCAGGGGAUAAACAUAACGUAGUUGAAGAUAAAGGCACACAAGUGGAAUUAAUUCAGGAAGAAAAAAAUAAAUUAAAGCCUGGUGAUGAUGAAACUGAAACGGUUAUCAAACAUUAUCCACUCGAACCAAAAAUUACAGUUAUUACACACGAAACGGAUAAUGACUCCUCAAGUUCUGCAAUUACAAAUGCAGUUAACGAUGUUGAUAAACAAAGUUCAAAAACAACUCAUAAAAAGACGAAACGCACUGUAAAAACAUUGAAACGAGCCCCAUCAAAAAUGUAUCAGAAGUCAAGUCCAAUGCGAGUAAGUAAACCUUCUAUAAAAAAAUCUUCAAAAUCUUUGCCCAAGUCACCACAGUCAUGUUCAAAAAAGACGGACACAGAAGAUAUAAUUAGUAAAAAAAUCAAAACGUAUGACGACGAUACUGAAUUUAAUAUAAGAGUACAACCGACAAAAGUUAGAGAAGUAGCUGUAGACGUAAGUACACAAAGCUCCCAAUUAUAUUCACCAAGAACUCAAGAACAGGCGACAAGUAAACCACAUUGGAUUCAAUCUAAAUCAAGAAUUAAAAUAAAAGAUGUCUCAGAUACGUCAACAUCUUUUGCUAGUCUACCGCCAAUAAAGCCUAGAGACGUACUUGAAGUUUUAAGUAACAACAUUUCUAUUCUGGAAAUGUUAGAUUCUUCGGUAAAUGAGAGUAUGAAACUUUUAAGAAGAGAUAUCAGUCCCGUAUCGACGCCAGAAACUCCUUCACCGCGUACUAUGAGGUUACCUUCAAACAUACCUCAUCCUGAUAAAAUUUCUAAAUUGCUGAAAUCUGCGGGUCUUCAGACACUUGAUAGUAAUUCGUUAUCAUCUAUUAGAAAUAGUUCAACAUCUACAGAUUUGUCUGAUUAUCAGCAAAGUGAGCAGCCACAAUUGAAUCACAAAACUACGAUUCCAAAACUACCAGUUGCUUUGGAAUUUUGUUUAUGCAAUAAUCCGAACUGUAAUCAGAUGCAUGCCAAGUUUGAUGAAAUUCGUAAUUACGCACUGAAAAAUUGUCCUCAGAUAUUACAGAAAUACGAAGAUCUUCAAACUACGUGUGCUGAAAGAAUAAUUUCUUUAACAAAUCUCAUUGAAAAAGUUCGGAAUGAGCAAAAAGGUAUGGAAUUUUCUAUAAUGACAGGUGAUGAAACUAGUUUCAUGCAGUUACCUUCACCAAAAUUAGUAACUAAUGAUCUACAAAGUGUUCGUCAGCUUGUGGAAAACAUAGAGGCGAUUCAUAAUCAGCUUGCAAAAACAUUGUUAGAAUCUCAAAGGAUUAUUAAAAAUAAAUCGGUUAUCGAAAAAGAAAUUAACGAAACUAAAGAAAUGGAGGUAGUAACUGUGGACAAUGGUAAUUUAUCUAAAAAAGUAACUCGUUCCGUUGAGACAAAAGGUGUAUUGAAGUCUAAGGCAAAGCCAAAGAUCAUUCGUGAAGAAAAAGUUAACAUACAACUUGAUAGAUUCAAUUUUCAACAUGAACCUCAAAAAUUGAUGAUGUCCACCCCAAAACACGAUGCUCGACUUAUUCCAAAGUAUAGUGAAGAAGAAAUGAUAGAGAAAUUAUCGAAAGAAAUUUUGGAGCAAAGCAAAAGUUUUAAUAAUAAUGUAAUAGCAAUGAAAGAAGCUGAAAGCCCAAAAGAAAAGCAUUCUAUUGAAACUUCAACAGAUGUUACCGAUACAAAGGAUGGAGCAAUGAAUAAAAAAAACGAUGCAGUCACAACAAAAUAUCCUACUAAAGAGCAAAAAAAAAACAAAGAUUUUAUUCCAAUACUAACUGAUAUCCCAAAAGUAACAAGAACAAUAGAUGCUGUUAGCUCUACCAAUGGUAGAAGCAAACCACCUGUGAGCUUACUUAGUGGUCCAUACAGAACUGAACUUGAAUCAUCAGGUCAUGAAUUAUCAACAAUAAUUGAAUUUGAUACACCAGAUACUAUAAAUAAAAGUCAAAAUAAUAUUAGAAGUCCACCAUCGGUAAAAAAAAUUGCUGAAAUACAAACAGCUAAAUGUGAUAAUGCAAUCAAACCACCAGAAGAUGUUCUUUUAUUCAAUUUACGUAAUCAGCAUUUAGAUGAAAUGUGUAAUCCUUCGACUACACAGUCCUCAAUGAUCACUGCGCAGAAAGUACAAAAAUCUGAAAUGUUUUUUGAUUCCAUAAAAAUGUCUCAGAGUGAUAAAGGCAAAAAUAUGGAAAAUGGUAUUCAAGAGAUAAAUAUUAAAAAAUUACAGUAUAACAUAGCUAAUCAAGAAUCGUUGCAAAUGGAAGAAUCUACGGGUACUGACCUACCAGUUAAACAGUAUACGAAUAAAGAUAAAAUAACAUCUACCAGUUCAAAUAGUUUUUCUGAAUUAUCCGGAAUUUCACAAAUAGCAAGUACACCAUCGUCUACUAUAUUAAAAUAUGCAUCAUCCCCAGAAGAAAUGGAAACAGCUCUUAAAAAACUUGGUCUUGGUUGGGCAAUAACAACAUUAAAGAAAACCCGCGAAGCCAGUGCUUUAAGCUCGUCAUCGAAUUCUGAUGUAACACCAAUAAAUACUGCAAAAAGAAUAUCACCGGUUAAAAAACAAUUUGAUAAUAAAUAUGGUUUACCAGAUAUUAGCGAUGUAUCUUCAAUAUCUAUUAAGGAAGCUAGCAAAAGUACAGAGCAAGCGGUUCUUUUAAAAGGCAGAACUUCUACACCAAAAUUGCAAAAUUCUAACUCUAAUAGUAUAGGAACCAAUUCCAGUAAUACAAAUAUAUCGGAAAAUUUUCAAGAAAUUAAUAAUGGGUUGACAAUUCCUAAUAUAUCUCUUACUAAAACCAAAUCUAACAUUAAACCGUCAGAAAAUCUAUAAUAUAUUUCUAUUUAAGAAUUUUUAUUAUCAAUAUUUUAGAUUAUAUGCAAUAAACUAGCGAAAAACUUAUUUUAAAUAACUAUGUUCCUUACAAUUUAUACUCUAUAUUUACUAAAUAUAAACAAUGUUAAUAUUCUUAUA